AUGAACAUGAACGUGAACAAAGACCUCAAAGUGGAUCCUGACUCCACUGUGGAGAAGGACGUUGCACUCGGCACAACUCACGAUAUCGGCGCCGACUUGUACCUCGAGGCAGAGCAACUGUCCCCAGAGGAGCUGGCGGCCGAAGGGCCCAAGGUACUCCGCAUCAUUGACUGGAGAAUCAUGCCCAUGGUGAGGUGCUCUGACUCAGUCUAUGGUCGAUCCCUCAUUGAUCUCGCUCCAGCUGUAUGUCACCUAUACAAAUUGUCACUCAACUAUGCGUCUGCGUAUUCCCUCAUCCCGGACCUUGGCCUCGAAGGUCAACGGUACUCAUGGGUUGCUGCUAUUUUCAACUUCGGCUAUCUAUUCUGGGCUCUACCAGCCAGUCUAUUGAUCCAGAGAUUGCCAAUUGCCAAGUACAUGGGCGGGAUGCUUUUGCUCUGGAGUGUACUUGUCAUCGCACAUAUCGGGGCAACAAACUAUGGAGGAAUCUUGGUAUUGAGAUUCCUACUGGGCAUGGCGGAAGCUGGAGUCAGUCCCUGCAUGAUGAACCUCACAGCAAUGUUCUAUAAGCGGUCCGAACAGCCAAUUCGCAUGGCGAUUUGGCUGAGCGCCAACGGAAUGGCCACUAUGGUCGGUGCCCUCUUAGGAUUUGGCCUCGGUCAUACGCACAACACCUCUCUCCACAGCUGGCAAUUGAUUUUCUUGACGAUUGGUCUUCUCAACUUCGUCUCUGGAUGCUUUUUCCUAUGGCUCAUGCCCGACUCGCCCAGCUCUGCACGCUUCCUGACCCACCGACAGCGCGUCAUAGCCGUUCAACGAGUCGCUGAAAACAUGAUUGGUGUGAAGACUCGGGAGAUCAAACCCAGACAAGCUCUCGAGAAUCUUUGGGACAUCAAGGUCCUGUGCUGCGCCGGAAUUGGAAUCGCAUGCGGUGUUAUAAACGGCGGUGUUUCCAACUUUGCAUCUUCACUCAUCAAAGGAUUUGGAUUUGAUGGGAUUUAUGCUACGCUGCUGCAACUUCCCACUGGCGCCAUUGAAGCCCUUGUUGUUCCGAUCUGCGGUCUUGUCGCUACAUACAUCAAAGACUCGCGCUGUAUCGUCCUCGCAAUUGUCUGCCUCAUUCCCUUUGGCGGUCUCCUGGGUAUUCGCUUCACAGAUCUAGAUCACCGCUGGACCUUGGUUGGAUGUACCUGGUUGCAGUACAUCAUCGGUGCACCGGUUAUUGUCUCGUGGAACUUACUCGCCACCAACGUUGGCGGCCACACGAAGCGCGCUGUGGCGAAUGGAAUGUGGUUCACGCUUUACGCUGCUGGUAAUGUGGCGGGAGCCAAUAUAUUCUUCUCGCGAGAAGCUCCUCGCUAUUACUCGGCUUUGGCGGGGCUUUUGAUAUGCUAUGCCGGUAUCAUUGUCUUGUCCGCUGUGGCGUAUAUUGCUAUGAAAUGGGAGAAUAACAGGAGAGAUGCGGCAGCUAGGGAGAGUGGUGACGUUGCACCGGAAGAUAUUUCUGCUCAAGCUAUCCUGGACGGCUUUAACGAUAUGACUGAUAUGGAGUCUAAGCAUUUUAGAUAUGCUCUUUGA